UUUCAUACAGGAAGUGAAAUAGUGGAACCGCAACUGAAGUACAGAGCAUAAAGUUCAAACAUCUGUGGCUUUCUGGUCACUCUUAGCUCACGGACGCCACCACUGCUGCCAAAAAAAGGACUGCUGGGUAAUGGCUGCUCUCAAGGUUUUUCUCACUCUUUCCGUCUGUCUCCUGCUGGCUCAUCAAACGUCUGCCAGAUCCGACGCUCCCUGCCAGCGCUCCACAUAUUACAAAGGCUACAAAAACUUCAUUGAGCGCCACGUUCGUGCUGGUAUUCCCAACUCUCUUAACCAGAAUGAAUGGGAGAAGUACAUCAGGAAUCACGGCGGCUGUAGCAGACCCACCCAGUCCUUCCUCCCCGAAAGCGAUCUGGACCGGGUGAAUGCAGUGUGCAGCACCAAGGGAGGGGUGGUGUACAAGGACAACCUGUGCAUCAGCCGGGAUUCUUUCAAAUUUGUCACAGUGAGGAGUGAACCGGGGACAUGUGGCAUCAGGAGUGUCACACAGGAAACCAAACAUCUGAUCCUGGCCUGUGAGGAGCUCAACAAUCAGUGCCUGCCGGUCCAUUUCGAAGGAAACCCGACUAAUGCAAAGCCAAAUAACAACGCCAGAGGCUGCCAGGAGCAGCCGAGACCUGGCGGUGAUGCACCCAGCUCCUUUAAAAUGUCAUGGCUCUGGUUGCUUGCUGCACUUCUUGUGAUUAUUUAUGGCUAUCAACAUUAAUUGAUGAUCUACAACAAUCUUCUGAACACUUCUGUCAUUUGGAAAGUGUUUUAAAACAGUGUUUUAUAUUAAUCUGAAACCAACCAGUGUUUUGGAAGAAUUUCAAUUUUGUUUAAAUGUAUUUUUUGUACCACUAUUAUAUGCUUGUGCCUGUGUAUCUGUAAGUUUAUGUCUCUGAAGAACAAUAAGACGAUUGGUGUUCAAAAUAUUUUAAUUUAGUUAGUGCAUGGAUUGCACAGAAUUUCGGUGUUGUGUGUGUUUCAUAUGAAAAAGCCAUAACUGAAGAUGAUGUAAAAAUGGAUUAAGCUGCAUUUCACAAAGGUAUUUCUGAUCUUCUAAACAGAAGAUUUGGAAUUAAUUUCAAGUAUUUUCCACAUCAGGUUCUUUUCAAUCAACGUUAGACUUAAUCUGUCUGACAAUUAUGAUUCCAGUGGUUUGCUGGUUUCACAGUAUAGCAUGGUAUGAAAACUGUCCAUGGAAGUGUAACUAUAUAUAGUAUUGAAUUUUAAAAUAAAUUUAUUUUCAAAAGGGACAAUUUUUGCACAUUUUUCAAGUUUUAACUAUAAUAAAGUGUUUAUUCAACCAAUUAAAAA